UUUAUAUUUGAAUACUUAUUAGAUCAACGUGAUCAAGAAAUGGUGAACCUAGAAUCUAAAUCUGAUAAUCUUUCCCACAAAGAGAAAAAGAAAAUGAAAAAAGAAUUGGAGUAUCAAAAACAAAUGGAGAUGUUGACCAAAAAAGGAGGCCAGGGCCAUAGUGAGCUAGGUGCCAAUUUCUCAGUAUCACAGAUACAAAAGACAGCUGGUCAACUAGCAGCUAUGGAACAUGCGGUUGAUAUCAAAAUUGAUAGCUUUAGCAUUGCAGCCAAGGGCCAGGACUUAUUUGUCAACGCCAGUCUACUUAUCGCACAAGGUCGGCGGUAUGGUUUGGUUGGACCAAAUGGUCACGGUAAAACAACGUUACUCAGACAUAUUGCUGAACGGUUAUUUGAUGUUCCACCAAGCAUCGACAUACUAUAUUGUGAACAGGAAGUAGUAGCAGAUGAAACCUGAUGAGGAUGUUACAGAAAAACUGAAUGAAGUAUAUGAAGAGCUUAAAGCACUCGGAGCAGAUUCGGCUGAACCCAGGGCUCGGCGUAUAUUGGCUGGUCUUGGUUUCUCAGCAGCUAUGCAGGACCGUGCUACUAAAGAUUUUUCAGGAGGUUGGAGAAUGCGUGUGUCCCUUGCUCGGGCUUUGUUCUUGGAACCCACUCUAUUAUUACUUGAUGAACCCACCAACCAUUUGGACUUAAAUGCUGUAAUCUGGCUUGACAAUUAUUUGCAAGGAUGGAAGAAGACUUUGUUGGUUGUAUCUCACGACCAGAGCUUUUUAGAUAACGUGUGCAACGAGAUCAUUCAUUUGGAUCAGAAGCGAUUAUUUUACUACAAAGGAAACUAUAGUAUGUUCAAAAAAAUGUACUCACAGAAAAAGAAAGAAAAUAUCAAAGAGUACGAAAAACAGGAAAAACGGAUAAAAGAAAUGAAACAACAGGGUCAAUCCAAGAAACAAGCGGAGAAAAAACAAAAGGAAGUAUUGACCCGUAAACAGGAAAAGAACCGAGGUAAAACUAGCAAAGGUGCUGGUAUGGACGAUGACGACAAUGCUGAACCUACACAGUUAUUGCAAAAGCCUCGUGACUACAACGUUAAGUUUUCAUUCCCAGAUCCCAGUCCUCUACAGCCACCUAUACUUGGUUUACAUAGUACGAGUUUUGCUUAUCCAAACCAAAAACCACUAUUUAAAAACGUCGAUUUUGGAGUAGAUCUCAGCUCCAGGGUAGCGAUCGUUGGACCUAAUGGUGUGGGUAAAUCAACGUUCCUUAAGCUGUUGACCGGAGAACUACAACCCACUGAAGGCGAAAUGCGCAUGAAUCACCGAAUGAAACUUGGAAAAUACGAUCAGCAUUCUGGUGAACAUUUAACAGCCGAAGAAACGCCCGCCGAGUAUUUGAUGCGGCUGUUUGAUCUCCCGUACGAAAAAGCGCGUAAGCAACUUGGUACGUUCGGACUGGCUGGCCAUGCGCACACCAUCCGCAUGAAAGACUUGUCUGGUGGACAAAAAGCACGUGUGGCCCUAGCCGAAUUAUGUUUAAAUGCUCCUGAUGUCAUCAUACUAGACGAACCUACAAAUAACUUAGAUAUAGAAUCCAUUGACGCUCUAGCUGAAGCGAUAAACGACUAUAAAGGAGGUGUCAUAAUCGUAUCUCACGAUGAACGGCUGAUUCGUGAAACAGAAUGUACGCUUUGGGUUAUUGAAGACCAGACUAUUAAUGAGGUGGACGGUGAUUUUGACGACUAUCGGAAAGAGCUUUUGGAAUGCCUGGGCGAGGUUAUCAAUAGUCCGAGUAUCGCGGCUAAUGCAGCUGUUCAACAGUAACAUAAACACUAUCAAUUAAUUUUAUAUUACCUUUAUUGGUCAGUUCGUGUAUGCUAAAAUAUUUGCGAUUACAUUAUAUGAUGUU